CGCCCGCUCGGGUCCUGGCGGCGCAUUUCCCGGCAGGCAGCGGGGCGCGGGUCUCUUUCGCCGCCAUCUUGGGGCGCUGCGGGCCUGCCGGGACCGAGUCUGCGGGAGGACACCAUGACCGGGAGGCUGUGGUGCAAGGCCAUUUUUGCUGGUUACAAACGUGGCCUCCGAAACCAGCGGGAGCACACGGCCCUUCUGAAAAUUGAAGGUGUUUAUGCCCGUCAGGAGACAGACUUCUACCUGGGCAAGAGGUGUGCCUAUGUGUACAAAGCUAAAAACAACACGGUCACCCCCGGAGGCAAACCCAACAGGACACGCGUGAUCUGGGGGAAGGUGACACGCGCCCAUGGGAACAGUGGCAUGGUGCGCGCCAAGUUCCGCUCCAACCUUCCUGCCAAGGCCAUUGGACACAGAAUCCGGGUGAUGCUGUAUCCAUCUAGGAUCUAAAUUUUUAUUCAAAAUAAAAUGGAGAAUCUGUUUGA